AGCUUCUCUCUGUACUAAGCCAGUGGGGGGGGAGAAAUGGCGAUGAUGCAGUGGUGCGGCGCAGUAGCAAGGCGGGUGCUGAUGACGGAGCAGCGUGCCCUUUUCACAACAACCUCAUCACCAUCUUCUUCAGCAGUAGCAGCAGCGGCGAUAAUGAGUUCUAUUGGGGCGCCGAUCGUGUGUGGACGAGGGGACAAGAAGACGAAGAAAGGAAAGCGAUUCAAAGGGUCGUACGGAAACGCUCGACCGAAGAAGGAGAAGAAGAUAGAGCGCAUCAAGGACAAGGUUGAGGUGCCCAGGUCCACUCCUUGGCCUCUUCCCUUCAAGCUCAUCUGAAAAUUUGAAUUUGAAUUUGAAUUCUCACUUGUCUUUCUUUCUUAACCCUUGUUAGCUUUUUCCUUAGGGUUUUAGCUCAAUAUAUGUAAUGUUAUCUCCCAAUUUUAAGGGUUUGAAGGGUUUCAUUUAUGCCUUGUUACCAGAAUGUGUACAUUAUAUGAAUGCUUUAUGCUGUUCUUGGGUUUACAUGCUUUUAUUAUCAUUUUGUUUGAUGGGUCUUA